AUGUCGCUUUCAGAUAAAGAGUUAUACGAGUUGAACAAGAAGGCCGUAACUGAGGGUUUCAAGAUAAAGCCAAGAAUACAAUAUAAUACAGUGGGAGGGGUGAAUGGACCGUUAGUUAUACUUGAUAAUGUCAAGUUCCCUCGUUUCAGUGAGAUUGUUAACUUGACAUUACCCGAUGGCACGAUCAGGCAAGGGCAAGUUUUGGAAGUUCGUGGUUCCAAGGCAAUUGUUCAAGUGUUUGAAGGUACUUCUGGAAUAGAUGUUAAAAAGACAAAAGUUGAGUUUACUGGCGAAAAUUUGAAAAUGCCCGUUAGUGAAGAUAUGUUGGGUAGGGUUUUUGAUGGGUCGGGUAGGCCCAUAGACAAGGGGCCCAAGAUAUUUGCUGAGGAGUAUUUGGAUAUAAAUGGUUCACCUAUUAACCCUUAUGCGCGUAUUUACCCGGAAGAAAUGAUAAGUACUGGUAUUUCAGCAAUAGAUACUAUGAACUCAAUUGCUCGUGGACAGAAAAUUCCCAUUUUCUCGGCCUCAGGUUUACCUCAUAAUGAAAUUGCAGCUCAGAUUUGUAGACAGGCCGGCUUGGUUAGACCUACCAAGGAUGUUCACGAUGGUCACGAGGAAAAUUUCUCCAUUGUGUUUGCUGCAAUGGGUGUCAAUCUAGAAACGUCCCGUUUCUUUAAACAGGAUUUCGAAGAAAACGGAUCUUUGGAGCGUACUUCAUUGUUCUUGAAUUUAGCUAAUGAUCCUACUAUCGAAAGAAUCAUUACUCCAAGAUUGGCAUUAACUACAGCUGAGUAUUUGGCUUAUCAAACCGAAAGACACGUAUUGACUAUUUUGACAGAUAUGUCGUCGUAUGCAGAUGCAUUGAGAGAGGUUUCUGCAGCAAGAGAAGAAGUUCCUGGUAGAAGAGGUUACCCAGGUUAUAUGUAUACUGAUUUAUCAACAAUUUAUGAAAGAGCAGGAAGAGUUGAAGGUAGAAAUGGAUCCAUUACCCAGGUUCCUAUCUUAACCAUGCCUAAUGAUGAUAUUACACAUCCAAUUCCAGAUUUGACUGGUUAUAUUACAGAAGGACAAAUCUUUGUUGAUAGGCAACUACACAAUAGAGCCAUUUACCCGCCAAUCAAUGUCUUGCCUUCCUUGUCACGUUUGAUGAAGUCUGCUAUUGGUGAAGGUAUGACUAGGAAAGAUCACGGUGAUGUUUCGAAUCAACUAUAUGCCAAGUAUGCAAUUGGUAAAGAUGCUGCUGCCAUGAAGGCUGUUGUUGGUGAAGAAGCCCUUUCAACCGAGGAUAAGUUGUCAUUAGAGUUUUUAGACAAGUUUGAAAAGAACUUCAUCAGUCAAGGUGCAUAUGAAAAUAGGUCAAUCUUUGAAUCAUUGGAUUUGGCUUGGUCAUUAUUGAGAAUUUAUCCAAGAGAAUUGUUGAAUAGAAUUAGUCCUAAAAUUUUGGAUGAAUUUUACGGUAGAGAUAGAGAUCAAUAUGAUGAUGAUGACGGUGAUAAUGAUAAUGAAGAUGUAAGCCAUGACAACGAUGAUGAUGGCAAUAAGUAA